GCGGCGGAGGCGGCUGGAGGAAGUGCAGAAUGAAGUUGUGGAGCUGAGAUUCCCCCGCGUCCGCCCGCUGAGCCGCCGCAGCCCCCGCCGCCGCCCGCCCCUUCGCGGGGCGCCCUCGGUGCGCAGCUCCGGCCCCGCGCCCGCCGCCCGCCCGCCGGUCCGCGGAGCCAUGGGGCCCGCGCCGCGGUGAGGACAAUGGGGCCGGCGGCCUGGUGCCGCUGGGGGCUCCUCCUCGCCCUCCUGCCCCCCGGGGCCGCGGGCACCCAAGUGUGCACCGGCACAGACAUGAAGCUGCGGCUCCCCGCUAGUCCUGAGACCCACCUGGACAUGCUCCGCCACCUCUACCAGGGCUGCCAGGUGGUGCAGGGUAACCUGGAGCUCACCUACCUGCCUGGCAAUGCCAGCCUCCUCUUCCUACAGGACAUCCAGGAGGUGCAGGGCUACGUGCUCAUCGCUCACAGCCAGGUGACCCAGGUCCCGCUGCAGAGGCUGCGGAUCAUCCGCGGCACCCAGCUCUUCGAGGACAACUACGCCCUGGCCGUGCUGGACAACGGAGCCCGGCCGGACAGCGCCAGCCCCGACGCCGGGGCCUCCCCGGGAGGGCUGCGGGAGCUGCAGCUGCGAAGCCUCACAGAGAUCCUGAAGGGAGGGGUCUUGAUCCAGCGGAACCCACAGCUCUGCCACCAGGACACGGUUCUGUGGAAGGACAUCUUCCACAAGAACAACCAGCUGGCCCUCAUGCAGAUCGACACCAACCGCUCGCGGGCCUGUAAACCCUGUUCUCCAUCCUGUACCCAUCCCCACUGCUGGGGAGAGAGUUCCCGGGACUGUCAGACCCUGACUCGAACCCUGUGUGCCAGCGGCUGUGCCCGCUGCAAGGGCUCCCUGCCCACCGACUGCUGCCACGAGCAGUGCGCUGCCGGCUGCACCGGCCCCAAGCACUCUGACUGCCUGGCCUGCCUCCACUUCAACCACAGCGGCAUCUGUGAGCUGCACUGCCCGGCGCUGGUCACCUACAACACCGACACCUUCGAGUCCAUGCCCAACCCCGAGGGCCGCUACACCUUUGGUGCCAGCUGCGUGACCACCUGUCCCUACAACUACCUGUCAACGGACGUGGGCUCCUGCACCCUGGUCUGUCCCCUGAACAACCAGGAGGUGACCGCCGAGGACGGAACCCAGCGGUGUGAGAAGUGCAGCAAGCCCUGUGCCCGAGUGUGCUACGGGCUGGGCAUGGAGCACCUGCGGGAGGCGAGGGCAGUCACCAGCGCCAACAUCCAGGAGUUCGCUGGCUGCAAGAAGAUCUUCGGGAGCCUGGCGUUUCUGCCAGAGAGCUUUGAGGGGGACCCCGCCUCCAACACCGCCCCCCUGGAGCCCAAGCAGCUCAGAGUGUUCGAGACCUUGGAGGAGAUCACAGGUUACCUGUACAUCUCGGCGUGGCCGGACAGCAUGCCUGACCUCAGCGUCUUCCAGAACCUGCAAGUGAUCCGGGGUCGCGUCCUGCACGACGGCGCCUACUCGCUGACCCUGCAAGGCCUGGGCAUCCGAUGGCUGGGGCUGCGCUCGCUGCGGGAGCUGGGCAGCGGGCUGGCCCUCGUCCACCGCAAUGCCCACCUCUGCUUUGUGCACACGGUGCCCUGGGAGCAGCUCUUCCGGAACCCUCACCAGGCCCUGCUCCACAGCGCCAACCGGCCGGAGGCCGAGUGCGUGGGUGAGGGCCAGGCCUGCUACCCGCUGUGCGCCCACGGGCACUGCUGGGGCCCGGGGCCCACCCAGUGCGUCAACUGCAGCCAGUUCCUCCGGGGCCAGGGGUGCGUGGAGGAGUGCCGAGUCCUGCAGGGGCUCCCCAGGGAGUACGUGAAGGACAGGUACUGUCUGCCUUGCCACCCUGAGUGCCAGCCCCAGAAUGGCUCAGCGACCUGCGUAGGAUCGGAGGCUGACCAGUGCAUGGCCUGCGCUCACUACAAGGACUCGCCCUUCUGCGUGGCGCGGUGCCCCAGUGGCGUGAAGCCCGACCUCUCCCUCAUGCCCAUCUGGAAGUUCCCCGAUGAGGAGGGCACCUGCCAGCCGUGCCCCAUCAACUGCACCCACUCCUGCGUGGACCUGGACGAGAAGGGCUGCCCCGCCGAGCAGAGAGCCAGCCCUGUUACGUCCGUCAUUGCCACGGUGGUGGGCAUGCUGCUGUUCAUGGUCAUAGCCGUGGUCACCGGUGUCCUAAUCAGGAGGCGGCGGCAGAAGAUUCGCAAGUACACGAUGCGGAGGCUGCUGCAGGAGACAGAGCUGGUGGAGCCGCUGACCCCCAGCGGAGCGAUGCCCAACCAGGCUCAGAUGCGGAUCCUCAAGGAGACGGAGCUGAGGAAGGUGAAGGUGCUUGGAUCUGGAGCUUUUGGCACCGUCUACAAGGGCAUCUGGAUCCCUGACGGGGAGAAUGUGAAGAUCCCAGUGGCCAUCAAAGUUUUGAGGGAAAACACGUCUCCCAAAGCCAACAAAGAGAUCCUGGACGAAGCGUAUGUGAUGGCUGGUGUGGGCUCCCCGUACGUGUCCCGCCUCCUGGGCAUCUGCCUGACCUCCACCGUGCAGCUGGUGACCCAGCUCAUGCCCUACGGCUGCCUCCUGGACCACGUCCGGGAGCACCGCGGGCGCCUGGGCUCCCAGGACCUGCUCAACUGGUGUGUGCAGAUCGCCAAGGGGAUGAGCUACCUGGAGGACGUGCGGCUCGUGCACAGGGACCUGGCUGCCCGGAACGUGCUGGUCAAGAGCCCCAACCACGUCAAGAUCACGGACUUCGGGCUGGCGCGGCUGCUGGACAUCGACGAGACGGAGUACCACGCGGAUGGGGGCAAGGUGCCCAUCAAGUGGAUGGCGCUGGAGUCCAUCCUCCGCCGACGGUUCACCCACCAGAGUGACGUGUGGAGCUACGGUGUGACCGUGUGGGAGCUGAUGACGUUUGGGGCCAAACCUUACGACGGGAUCCCGGCCCGGGAGAUCCCUGACCUGCUGGAGAAGGGCGAGCGGCUGCCCCAGCCGCCCAUCUGCACCAUCGACGUCUACAUGAUCAUGGUCAAAUGCUGGAUGAUCGACUCGGAGUGCCGGCCGCGGUUCCGGGAGCUGGUGGCCGAAUUCUCCCGCAUGGCCAGGGACCCGCAGCGCUUCGUGGUCAUCCAGAACGAGGACCUGGGCCCCACCAGCCCCCUGGACAGCACCUUCUACCGGUCGCUGCUGGAGGACGAGGACAUGGGGGACCUGGUGGACGCGGAGGAGUACCUGGUGCCCCAGCAAGGCUUCUUCUGCCCGGACCCCGCCCCGGGGGCGGGGGGCACCGCCCACCGCAGGCACCGCAGCUCCUCCACCCGGAGUGGCGGCGGUGGCGGUGACCUGACACUGGGGCUGGAGCCCCCCGAGGAGGAGCCCCCGAAGUCUCCGCUGGCCCCCUCCGAGGGGGCGGGCUCCGAUGUGUUCGAGAGCGACUUGGGGAUGGGGGCGGCCAAGGGGCUGCCGGGCCUCUCCCCCCACGACCCCAGCCCUCUCCAGCGGUACAGUGAGGACCCCACGCUACCCCUGCCCCCUGAGACCGAUGGCUACGUCGCCCCCGCGGCCUGCAGUCCCCAGCCAGAGUACGUGAACCAGCCCGAGGUUCGCCUGAAGCUCCCCUCCCCCCUCGAGGGCCCUCUGCCGCCGCCUCGACCUGCCAGUGCCACUCUGGAAAGGCCCAAGACGCUCUCACCCAAGACUCUGUCCCCGGGGAGGAACGGGGUUGUCAAAGACGUUUUUGCCUUUGGGGGUGCUGUGGAGAACCCCGAGUACUUGGCACCCCGUGGCAGGGCUGCCCCUCAGCCCCACCCCCCUCCCGCCUUCAGCCCGGCCUUUGACAACCUCUAUUACUGGGACCAGGACCCGUCAGAGCGAGGCCCCCUGCCCAGCACCUUUGAAGGGACCCCGACGGCAGAGAACCCCGAGUACCUGGGCCUGGAUGCGCCGGUGUGAGCAGAAGGCCGAGUCUGCUCAGGCCCAGCUGAACCCACAGGGAGACGGGGGAGGCCUGACUUCCGGCUGUGCCAGGACCAGGUGGGGAAAGGGCCUCAGACCGUAUCAGCAGAGCCCGCCAUGCCAGGCCCCUUCCUUCCUAUUCCAACUCCGGGGUGGCUCAGAGGAGCUCAGCCUGGCUGGAAGAGGAGGCAGCAUCCGAAGUGUCUUCAGUAAUCUGGAGUCCUGUCCCAGCAGCGGACAAUGGAUGCCACAGCCACAAUCUCCUCACCUGAGAGCAGCCCAGCCUGGCUCUCUCCUUCCACACCCCUGGCACUGGAGGACUCCGGGGAGCGGGGCCUCGGAGGGGAAGAGGCCCGAAAGAAGUGUCGAGGGCAAGAACUACCCAUCCAGAGACUGUCUGAGCCCUCGCGCUGCCCGGAAGGAGGGACAGCAGCAGUGCCCAGGGCUAAUCCUUGUACAGAGUGCUUUCUUUUUCUUUGUUUUGUUUUUACUUAUGUUUUUUUGUGGGUUUUUUUUUAAAGAAAAGAUAAAAUAAGGACACGGGGGAUAGGGUAUUGUGGGGAAGGGGGGGUCCCUCAGGUUGGGGAUGUCCUUUCUCCAAACCCACUUUCUCCAUCUGCAAAUACAUUUUGGAAAACA